GUCUUAUCAUUUAUGCGUUACUUUUUGAAUCAAGCAUACCUAGCACGAUUGUAGCGACACAUACCUAAUUUAAUCUAAGAAAAAAAAUCAUCACCUGGCAGAUGUAUCCUUUCGCAAAUCAAAAUAUAUUACGCGCGCUAAUAGUUGUGGUCACGAUACAGUAGCACGAGCACGAAUCAGCUCCAAAACUAUUCGGUUACUAACCUGCGAAAUUUUAAUAGAAAAUUACAGAUUCUCAACGAGAAAAUUCGUGUGUGUACAUAUUUUAUUUUUUGUUGAAUUCAUCUGGUCAUAAGUAUUUGAUUUUGGACAGAAUUUAUCCGUACCCUAAUUUAAAUUAUUACACUGGAUUACACAUUUUGUGCGCAUAAUAGUUCCUUGAAUUGCACCAGACACUAGGACGGUGAAAAGUUUUAACAGUUUUUUCUUGAUUUUGUUGUUUCCAUGUAAUGACGUUUAAAACAAUCCAUUUACAUAUUUAUUAGUUAAGUGAAUGGGGAUUAUUCUUAAUAAUAUGAAUAAGUAUUAGCAGACUAUAGCCAGCUGUGGUAUAUUUUUUGUGCUGUCAAUUGAUUAACUGGAAUUAAUGGAUAAUGAAAAGCAAAAGGAUGAGAUCAUUGCAUUGGAAAGUAUUUACAAUGAAGAAGAAUUUUCUCAUCAUGAGGAGAAUGGUCAUCACCAAUGUAGUUUCAAGAUAUUCAUAAAUCUCUUGGAUGACUACUACAUAACUUAUAAAGAUAAUAGACAUAUGGAAGAAUCUCUGCAAAAGAUUAAUAUAUCUCAUUUACCACCUUUGACGCUACACGUUAUUCUACCAGAAGAUUAUCCUUCUAUAUCACCACCAAUAGUUACUUUAUAUUCAUCUUGGUUGUGUUCUGAAUCAUUAGCUGAAUUAUGUAAAAAAUUAGAUCAGCUCUGGGAGGAGAAUAAGGGACAAGAGAUUCUAUUUACAUGGGUAGGCUUUCUACAUGAUGAAAGUUUAGAAUUUUUAAAUAUGCAAGAGCAUAUCGAUAUGAGCAAUGCUUACACAUACUACCAAGAGACAUUAGAAAAAGCACAGAAUGUUCAAAAGAAUAAAGUAAUAGACACCAUGGAAAAUGAGCACACAGUUGACAGUGCAAAGAACAAGGUGAAAGCAGAAGUUACUGUUCAAUAUUGGAGCAAAAAAAAUUACAUGCAUAAGGGCUAUGACAAAAGAGCUUUAAACUCUCCAAUUGGAAGGAAUCCUAUUCAAGCAUUAAUCGAUUAUAACGACAAACGCAAUCACAUCGAAUUUGAGAAGAAUUUCUAUGCUUGUAAGAUAUGUUUUUUGGACAAAAUGGGAAAACACUGUACGAAAUUUUUACCAUGCGGUCACGUGUUUUGUAAAGAUUGUAUAACUGGCUAUUUAGAAGCAAGGAUUAAAGAUGGAAACGUGCAAAACAUUUGUUGUCCCGAAGAAAAAUGUACCUCUGAAGCAACACCUGCACAAAUUAAAGGUAUGUUAAGUUCAGAGAUGUUCGCAAAGUAUGAUUCUAUGCUAUUGAACAGCACAUUGGAUACUAUGAUGGACAUAAUAUAUUGUCCACGACGGAGUUGUCAGUAUCCAGUUAGUCGCGAACCGGACGAGCAAAUGGCAAAUUGUCCAGUGUGCCGAUACGCAUUUUGUAUUUUCUGUAAAAUGGUCUAUCAUGGUAUAGAACCAUGUAAAAUUUAUUCAGCACAAAAGCGUCAGUUAGUGACUGAGUAUCAAGAGGCCUCCAAUGAGCGUAAACUUAAAAUGGAACAACGUUAUGGGAAGAAGCAGCUCCAAGUAUUAGUAGAGAACACAAUGUCUGAGAACUGGAUCCAAGGCAACAGUCAAAGAUGUCCCAAAUGCAAUGUUCAUAUCGAGAAAUCGCAAGGCUGCAAUAAGAUGUCUUGUUGGCGUUGCAACACGUACUUCUGUUGGUUGUGUAGCACCAUACUUGAUCGUUCAUCGCCAUACGAGCAUUUUCGUAAUUCUGAUUCCAAAUGCUUCAAUAUGUUAUACCAUGGAACAAUAGACGACGACGACGACGAGGAGGACAUAGAUAUAGACAAUGAUUUCAUUCAGUUCGUUUUUGAUUUAUUUAGAUGAAGAUGAGUACGAAAUAAUUAUAUAAUAAUUAAUAAUCCGUUUUUGAAUGCUACAUGUAUAUUUAUCAAAAUCAUUGUAUAAAAUAUACAAUUGAAUUAUAAAGCGUUAUUUUAUAAACUGCUUUCUCACAGUAUAAUAAUCAACUGUUACACAAAUCUUCUGUACCAUACCAAAUAUUUUUGUGAAGAUAAAUGAUAGAUUAAUAAUUUAUAGCAGGACAAUAAUGGAAGUUUUGAAUAAAGGAUUGGUAUUGUUUCUAUUGAAA